AUGUGGCGUAUGCGCCGUCGCACCCGGACAAUCUGUCUGUCCUUGGCCUCCAUCACGGUUUUCCUCCACCUCCUCCUGGCGCUGGCGUCUCUCUCCGUCAACCGCGCGCCGUGUGACCCCCCGCCGCCGCCCGAGACCCUCAGCCCGAGGGACGAGGCGCGCACCCGCCGCCGCCACACCCCCGCAGGGAUCAUUGGCCCAGUCGGGCCACCGGCGGAAGCCGCCCGAGGAGAUUCGUCCGGCGUGGACGCCAACGCGGAGGCCAAAGGUCGUGCGCGGACGGCUCCUGCUUCAAUCAGCGGAGCUGAGCCGCUGGAGUCUGCGUUGUCGAAACUGGAGGCGCUGUUCGACCAUCCUCUCUACAAUAUGCCCAGCCCUCCCGUCCCCGAAGAGGACUGGCUGCUGAAAGUGAGGCCGAAGAUCAAGGCUGCUGAGUUGAGCUCUCAGAUAUGGGUGAGUGCCAGCCAGGAAGGCUACGAGGACGUCCAGUGGAACAGCAGCAGCAGCAGCCACCCGCCCUGGCUGCGCUUCCACCUGGGCAUCUCCCGCUGGCAGCUCUACCCUCAUCGGGACCCCAACAUGGAGGCCCUGACCCAGCAGCUCGCCACGUCCCGCAUCGUCAGUGCAGUGCAGAAGUCUGGGGGGACGCAACUGAAGCUGGUGAUGUCAUUUCCCAACUACGGACAAGCCAUGUUCAAGCCCAUGAAGCAGGAGAGAGACGACGAAACCAACUACAACCUCUACUACUUCUCCGACUUUGAGAGACACAAUGCAGAAAUCGCUGCUUUUCACCUCGACAGGAUCUUGGGUUACCGGAGAGUCCCCCCCGUGGUCGGGAGGCUGGUGGACGUGGUGAAGGAGAUCAAAGACAUCACCACCGACCGCAAGCUGGCCCAAACAUUUUUCACCUCCCCUGUGGGCAGCGUGUGUUUCUAUGGCCAGUGCUCCUACUACUGUUCGACGGAGCACGCCGUGUGCGGUCGCCCCAGGGCCCUGGAGGCCUCCCUGGCCGUCAUGCUCCCGGACCUGUCCCUGGCCACCCGGAGGAGCUGGAGGUCGCCCUGGAGACGCUCGUACAGCCGCAGCAAGCUGGCAAAGUGGGAGACGCAGUCCGACUACUGUUCCAGCGUGAAGAAGACCUCGCCGUACAACAAAGGCACCAGACUGGUGGACUUCAUAGACAUGGUCAUACUGGACUUCUUGAUGAGCAACAUGGACAGACACCACUACGAGACCUUCGAGAAGUUUGGCAACAACACUUUUAUGUUGCACCUCGACAACGGGAGAGGAUUCGGGCGUCACUCCAAAGACGAGCCGUCCAUCUUGGCUCCACUCGAGCAGUGCUGCAGAAUCCGUCACUCCACUUGGCUCCGCCUGCGUCUCCUGUCCCUGCCUCAGUAUCGCCUCAGCGACGCCAUGCGGGCCUCGCUGUCCCGCGACCCCCUCGGCGGCGGCGGCGGCGGCGGCGUGGCCCCGCUGCUGUCGGAGCGUCACCUGGCCGCUCUCGACCGCCGUCUGGAAACCGUGCUGGAGGCGGUGAGUCGCUGCCAGAGGCGACAGAGCGAGGACGGCGGCGAUGAGGUCAUCUUUGAUGACACGGCCUACUUGAAAGACAUGGUCGCUCCCGCUGGUCGGCUGUUUGUUUCACCAGAGUUGAGGUGUGAGUCGACACCACAGCCGCCUGUCCUCCUCCGCGAUCAAUAAUUCACCCGGCCUGGGUCGUAUCGAUGGCACCUGCUCCCUUUUCCUCUUUCAGC